UUUGUUUUUGUCUUUAAGAAAGGGAAAAGAAAACCAAACCAGAGGAGAGGAAACCUCUGCCGGCUUUUUUUGCCGGUGAUGAGAAAGCAGACGACAAACGCCAAAGCCUGGCUCUCCGGUUCAAACCCCAGCACCUCAACCACCAACAUUGCAGCCGCCGGCCAAGAUGAGGACUACAUCCGGAACCUCCCGCUCUACCGCGCCCUCGACUCCGGCGACUGGGAAACAACAAAGCGCCUCCUCCACCGCCACCCGGACGGGCCCGUCCCCGCCGCCACCGCCAGCCUGUCCCCCGACGGGGACACGGCACUCCACGUGGCGGUGCUGGCGGGGCACGAGGGGAUCGUGGAGAGGCUGGCGACGGAGGUGCUGCCGAAGGAGGCGCUCAUGAUGAAGAACAAGAGCAGCGCCACCGCGCUCAACUACGCGGCCAUCGGCGGCGUCACGGGGAUCGCCGAUUGCCUCGUGAGGAAGGCCCCCGAGCUCCUCCGCGUCCCGAACCAGAACGGCCACAUCCCCGUCGUCGUGGCGUCGCUGUACGGCCACAGGGAGAUGGUGCGGUAUCUCUACCACGCGAGCCCGAAGGACGAUUUGGUCGGCCAUGGCGGGAGUAAGAUCAAUGGUGCCAUGCUUCUUACGACUUGUAUCGUCGAUGGACUCUACGAUAUUGCACUGGACUUGCUUCACUGCUACCCGCAACUGGCGUUCACUCAAGACAGUGACAAGGACACAGCGCUGGAGGUGCUGGCUCAGACGCCGUCGGCGUUCCCCAGCGGAGCUCCGCUUGCUUGGUGGCAAUGGUGGAUCUAUUCCUUUAUACGGGUGCCUCACAUUGCGUCGCUUAACAUUGUCUCCGACGAUGGAGAUGUUGACGAUAAGAGACCAGAAACGGGCAGGAAGAGAACCAUAUUGAGACAAGGUAUAUUCCUUCUUUUGUGGAUGAUAAACAAAGCACUCCGUCAAUUAUUGGUCGUCUUCUCCAGGAGCCUCAAGUAUCUAGUUCCAGGAUUCAAACGUCUCUACGACCUGAAACUGACCCACGUCCAGGCCAUCGAGCUCCUCCGGUGCCUGUGCCAGCAGAUCUCGACCCUGUCCGAGUCAGAAUUCGAGAAGACGGGGAUUCAGAAGGCCCUGUUCGACGCCAUCGAACACGGCAUCGUCGAGCUCAUAGUGGAGCUCAUCAAGCAGUACCCGGACAUCGUGUGGCGAGAGGACAAGAGCCAGAGGGGGAUCUUCCUGUGCGCGACGCUCCACCGUCAGGAGAAAAUCUUCAACCUCAUCUACCGGAUGGGCGCCAAGAAGAACGCCAUGGCCACGCCCUGGGACGUGAACCACAACAACAUCCUGCACCAGGCGGCGUUCCUGGCCCCGCUCUCCCAGCUCGACCGCGUCACCGGGGCCGCCCUCCAGAUGCAGAGGGAGCUACAAUGGUACAAAGAAGUGGAGAGCAUUGUUCAGCCGAAGCAGAGGGAGAUGAGGAACCUGUCUCACGACACGCCGAGGACUCUGUUUACCAAAGAACACAGAGGGUUGGUGGAAGAAGGCGAGAAGUGGAUGAAGGAAACGGCGACGUCUUGCACGGUGGUGGCGGCGCUGAUCGCCACCAUCAUGUUCUCUGCUCUGUUCACACUCCCCGGCGGGUUCGACCAGUACACGGGGCUACCCCUCUUCCUUCACCGCAGCUCCUUCAUCGCCUACAUCGUCUCCGACGCCGUCUCGCUCUUCUCUUCGACGUCAUCGAUGCUCAUGUUCCUCGGGAUGCUGACGUCGCGGUACCGGGAGGAGGAUUUCCUCCGGUCGCUGCCGAUGAAGCUGAUCAUCGGGCUGUCGACUCUGUUCUUCUCGAUGGCGACGAUGAUGAUGACGUUUGGGGUGGCGCUGAUGAUAUUUUUGAAGGAGAGGUUCGAUUGGGUUUCUUUUCCGAUCAUGUUGCUGGCCAGCGUUCCGGUGACUCUGUUUGCGCUGCUGCAGUUUCCCCUGCUCGUCGACAUCUUCUUGUCGACGUAUGGGCCGGGGAUCUUUGACAAGCCGAACAAGCGAGGCCGGUUUCUUUGAGCUUCAUUUUUUCCACAUCAUAUUGGCAUUAUGUAAUUGCUACCUUAAUUACCUUGAGCAACUAUUUAGGAUGUAGUUAAGAAUAAAUAGCUAGUUAUGAUCUUGUUUAAACAUGUAACUUGGUUACCUCUGCACAAUUGUCACAAACGUACAUCCCAGAGCGUACGAUCUAACGAUUAUGAAUCAUGCUAGAACAUACUUUUGGUUUCGAUAGAUGUAUGACUGUAGCCAGAAUGAAAGGAAAAAAAG